CGUCAGCGGCGGCAUGGCGGUGUGCGCGCGGCUCUGCGGCGUCGGGCCGGCGCGGGGAUGCCGGCGGCGGCAGCAGCGGCGGGACGCGGCCGAGCCCGCGGCGGCCGACAGCGGGCCGGACACGGACCCCGAGGAGGAGCGCAUCGAGGCGGGCCCCGCGGCGGGCUCGCGCCGCUCGCUGCUGGAGCUGCCGCCCGAGCUGCUGGUGGAGAUCUUCGCGGCGCUGCCCGGGCCCGACCUGCCGCGCCUGGCCCAGGUCUGCUCGCGCUUCCGGCGGCUGCUGCGCACCGACACCAUCUGGAGGCGCCGCUGCCGCGAGGAGUACGGCGCGUGCGAGGACCCACGGGGGCUGGAGGCCGCGGGCGUGUCCUGCAGGGACGUCUAUGCUAAGCUGCUCCACCGCUACCGACACAUCCUGGGGCUGUGGCAGCCGGACAUCGGGCCGUAUGGGGGGCUGCUCAACGUGGUGGUGGACGGCGUGGUCAUCGUCGGCUGGAUGUACCUGCCGCCCCAUGACCCCCACGUGGACGACCCCAUGCGCUUCAAGCCCUUGUUCAGGAUCCACCUGGUGGAGCAGAAGGGGGCCACCGUGGAGUGCAUGUACGGCCACCACGGGCCGCACAACGGCCACAUCCAGAUCGUGAAGAAGGACGAGUUUUCUACCAAGUGCAAUGAGACUGACCACCACAGGAUGCCGGGCGGGAGGCAGGAGGAGUUCCGCACGUGGCUGCGCGAGGAGUGGGGCCGCACGCUGGAGGACAUCUUCCACGAGCACAUGCAGGAGCUCAUCCUCAUGAAGUUCAUCUACACCAGCCAGUACGACAACUGCCUGACCUACCGGCGCAUCUACCUCCCGCCCAGCCGCCCUGACGACCUCAUCCCGCCCGGCCUCUUCAAAGGCACCUACGGCAGCCACGGGCUGGAGAUCGUCAUGCUCAGCUUCCACGGGCAGCGGGCCCGCGGCACCAAGGUCACGGGCGACCCCAACAUCCCCGCGGGGCAGCAGACGGUGGAGGUGGACCUGGCGCGCCGCAUCCAGCUGCCGGGCGGGGAGCAGCAGCACAGCUUCAGCGAGCUGAGCCGCCUGGUCCUGGAGGUGCGCGAGCAGGUGCGCCAGCAGCAGCAGCAGCAGCAGCAGGGCGCGCCCGGGGACGACCCCCGCCCGCCGGACCCCGGCCCCGCGCCCGCGCCCGCGCCGCCCGGCCCUGGCCAGGGCCAGCCCUUCGUCCUGCCUGCCGGCGUCAGCUCCAGGAACGACGGCUACCCGCGCACCUGCAGGGCCUGCUUCUACGGCACCGGCCUCAUCGCCGGCCACGGCUUCACCAGCCCCGAGCGCACGCCCGGCGUCUUCGUGCUCUUCGACCAGGACCGCUUCGGCUUCCUCUGGCUGGAGCUCAAGUCCUUCAGCCUGUACAGCAGGGUCCAGGUGGCCUUCCGCCACGCCGACGCGCCCUCCCCGCAGGCCUUCGAGGACAUGCUCAAGAACAUCCAGGCGCUCGCCUCCUGACCCCCGGCCCGCCCCCGCCUCGGGCCUGCGCGCCCGGGAGCACUGCUGAGCGAGUCCUGCCCCAGGGCGCCGGAGUCGCCCCGUUGUCGAGGGACCCCGCCCCUGGGCGUUACAGAGAGGGUGUGUGCGCGCGUGUGGCUGCACGCGUGAGCAUGCAUGAACAUGUGCCUGCACGCGUGAGUAUGCAUGGACGUGUGCGUGUGAGCUCGGGUGUGUGCACGUGCUGGUGGCCUGGGGCCGCCCAGAGGCAGAGUGAGGAGGCCUGGGCAGCCCGGGCGGGGUCGGAGGCUCCGCUGCUCUAUGCCAUUGCCUGGGUAGACUUUUUUUUUUUUUUUUGCCGGGGACAGAGCCGGGGUCCUCGCGUGCCCCAGAGCAGCCGGCCCUUUGGGUGGUGGAUGGAGACUUUCCGCCCUGGCUCGCAUCCAGGGAAGGGGACGCGUGACAGGCCACGGCCGUGCCCUCCAGCUUCAGAACCAAGCUCCGCUCCUGCCCCGUGUGCCGUGGUGGUGCAGUCAGGCCCCUGGGGGUCCCCCACACCUGCAGGGGCGCGUGGCCAGGCUGGGCUGGGCCCUGAGAGCCCGCCAUGCCUCAUCCCUGUGGGGUGGGCAGGGCUAACGCACCCAGCUAGGACCUGGCGGUUCCUGCAGGGGCCAGGAGGGUCCCUGCGAGUCCUACACAACCCCUCACCUUGUAAUAAAAGUGCCCCCCGCCUU